AUGCGCGCCAUUCUUUUCUCCUACUUUCUUGCCAUCACAGCUUGCGGUACACCACUCGACGACCGUGCCACCAAAGACGACAAAUCCGCCAUCCGCCAGGCCUUCCACGAUGCGAACAUCGUGCCCGACAUCCUUCCAACCUUCGAUCCGACGUUACUGCUCGACGUGACUUUCACGAACCCGGACUUGCAGGACCCGACCGUGGUCGUCGAACCGGGACAGGAGUUGACGAAGGAUCAAACAAGAUACCUCCCCAGCUUCGCCAUCCACGACUACACCGAGGAAGAAGUCCAUAAGCCCUACGUCCUCAUCGCCAUCGACCCCGACGCCAUCACACCGAACCUGCCAGUCUUCUCCCAAGUCGUCCACCUGCUCGGUGGGAACUAUACAGUCGAUGGGGACGCACACAAGGAUGGUUCACUGCCGCUCGUAAACACGAGCGCUCCCAUCGCGAAGUGGAGGCAUCCGAUCCCGCUGGUGGGCGGUGCUCAUCGCUACAUCUUCCUCCUCUAUAACCAACCCGUCAACUUCACCGCCGCCGCCAUUUCCCCCCUGGCCGACGCUCCUCUGAUCCUCGGCUUCAACGUCAGCGACUUCGCGCGCACGACGGGUCUGGGCGAUCCAGUGACCGGGACGUAUUUCCUCGCGAGGCCGAAUCAUAACGAUGCAUGA